AUGCCUUGCUGUUCGUCCUCCACACCAGAAACCAAAGCGAAAAAAACAUGCAGUAAUGUGCCUCAAAGGCCAGUCACAUUAAGUCCGAUAAGGCCCUCCGACAAAGUUUCACAGUGCUGUGCGUCGAAUUCAAAGGAGAGGUGUAAAUGUGGAAGUUCCUGUGCUUGCAACGGUUGCAACACGACCAAACUGUAG